AUGGAAGCAGUCGAAAGCAUGGAUAUUGAUUUGGAGACUUUAAGUGAGUCUGAAACAGGCAGUGCUGAAUACGAUGAAUUAGAAGAAAAAUACAUAUUCGUAGAUGUUAUUGGAUUCUUCAAUCGCCAACAUUUUAUUUGUAAAGAAUUUUCUUUGAUUGAUGGCGAUUACAAGUAUCAUGCCAUCAUUAAACCACCAUAUAGUAUGUCUAAGAUUCCAAUAAAUGAUCGCCAAAUGCUAAAUUGGGAAAUCAAACAUCUUCAUGGAUUAAAAUAUGAUGAUGGUGAUGUUUUUCUUUUGGAUGUGAUUGAAGCGACAUAUUCCCGCUUCAAAAACAAGAAAAUCAUAGUGGAGAAUGAUUAUAAAGGAAAUGCGCUAAAAUACAUCUUUCGUAAUUGCGGUGAAUUUAACUUCCUGAAUAUCGCAAAAAUGGGCUUCGACUUGGAUUUACAAUGUGAUGAUUCAUAUACACCCUGCGGCAAACAUGGCGAUAUACUUGAUGAUAUCGAAUCAAUCUUGGUACCAAGAGAUAAUCCUUUAAACAUAGCUGGUAGCAAAACUCCAAAAGGUGCUUUCCAAGAACAUAUUCCAAAUAGUAUUGCAUACUAUUUUCAUUCGCGAAUCGAUCCAAAUCUAUCGCAAUACGAAAGUUUUUAUGGGGAGGAUUGUAUAGAUCAGUUCAUUCAGAAAAUGGAAUUUUUAAUGCGGAAUAUAGUGUGGCCAAAAAUACAUGAAAUUAAACCAAUGGCAUUGACUGAAGAAGAGGAAAACGAUUUUAAAGAGGCGUAUGAGUGUCAUAUUUGUAAAAAAGGCUUCAACGAUAAAUGGAAGCACAGAUACAAGAAGGUACGCGACCAUUGCCACCUGACGUCAAGGUAUCGUGGAGCCGCGCAUUCAAAAUCAAACGCUUUCCCCGGUAAAAUGACUAUAAUUCCAAAAAACAGCGAACAUUAUAUUUCAUUUUCCAAACAAAUGCCAAAUUACAAUGAUAGUGAGAACAUGGAAAUCGAUGAUAGCGAAGGAAGCGAAUUUUUGCAAUGUUCAUUGGCAAAACUGGCCGAGUCUUUGCCAACGAGUUCAUUGAAAAUAACACGAAGUCAGUGGGCGAAUUUGAAUGAAGAACAUUUUCAAUUGCUGACAAAAAAAGGUGUUUAUCCAUACUCGUAUAUUGAUUCGUGGGAAAAACUUAAUGAACCCAAAUUGCCAGCAAAAGAACUAUUUUAUGACGAGCUUAAUGAUUCUGAAAUAUCUGAUGAGCAAUACUCCCAUGCGCAAAACGUAUGGAAUACAUUCAAUAUUCGUACACUGCAAGAAUACACUAAGAUUUACCUGAAAACUGAUGUACUUUUGUUAGCAGAUAUUUUCGAAAAUUUUCGAGAUAACUGUAUUAAACUGUACGGAUUAGAUCCGGCCCAUUACUAUACUCUACCGGGCUAUUCAUGGGAUUGUAUGCUAAAGUAUACCAAUGUUGAAAUCGAGCUUCUCACAGAUAUUGAUAAAUUGAUGUUUGUUGAACGCGGUUUACGCGGCGGUAUCAGCCAAUGUUCGAACCGCCACUGUGAAGCAAAUAACAAAUACCUUGGAGCAGACUAUGACCCAGAAAAACCAUCAAAUUACAUCAUGUACUUUGAUGUUAAUAAUCUUUAUGGAUGGGCAAUGAGCCAAGCGCUUCCAAUAUCUGAUUUUAUAUGGAAUGAAGACAAUUAUUCUAGUGUUGAAGAAAUCGAACAGGAAAUUAUGAAUACGCCGGAUGAUGCAACAUAUGGUUCAUUUCUGGAAGUGGACUUAGAAUAUCCUGAGAAUUUGCACGAUAAGCACAACUGCUAUCCCUUUUGCGCAGAACAUAUGAAUGUGGGUGAUUCUGCAGAGGAAAGACUAGUCCUAACGCUUCACAAUAAAAAAAACUACAUUAUACACUAUCGUAUGCUUAAACUUGCUUUGAAGCAUGGCUUGAAACUGAAAAAAGUUCACAGAAUUUUGGAAUUCAAACAAUCAAAAUGGUUGGAAGACUAUAUCAUGUUGAACACGCAUGAACGCGCAAAAAGUAAAACUGAAUUUGAAAAAAAUCUCUUUAAGCUCAUGAAUAAUGCCGUGUUUGGUAAAACUAUGGAGAAUAUUAGGAAACGUGUGGACAUUAAAUUAAUCAACAAAUGGGAUGGAAGAUAUGGAAUGAAAAUAUUAGUCGCUAGACCAAAUUUCAAACGUGUCGUUGUGUUUAAUGAGAAUCUUGUCGCAUGUGAACUGCAACGAUUAAAUGUUUUUAUGACAAAACCAGUAAUUGUAGGCGCUGCUAUAUUAGAAAUUUCAAAAUGUAAAAUGUAUGAAUUUCAUUAUGAUUUCAUUCUACAGAAAUUCGACUAUGAGCAUUGUCAAAUUCAAUACACUGAUACUGACUCAUUUUUGUAUAAUUUCAUAUGUGAAGAUGCAUAUGAAUUCAUCCGAGAAAACAAAGAAAAAUUUGAUACCAGCGAUUUCCCGCCAAAUAAUCCAUAUCACAUCCAACAGUUUAACAAAAAGGUCCUUGGAGUGAUGAAAGAUGAGUACUCUGGAGAAAUCAUAAAAGAAUUUAUUGGGUUGCGAUCCAAAAUCUGUUCAGAGACAACUGUAACAUUGCAUAUUUUUAAUCAAAUGGCCAUUUCCAAUCACUAUAAACCUAAUCAAAUCUAUGAAUACGGAAAAAAGCAAGAGUUGUGCACGAAAAAAGGAUUCAAUUACUGGCUUGUUGAAAUUACACGUUCAAUAUGGAAAGAUGACGCAGAAUUUAAUUCGUUUAUAGAAGGAUUGAUGCCGGGAACUCUGUUCUAUGAUGGAAGCUUUAUACAAAGAAUUGCUGAAAAGAUGCAACAAAAGCUUGAUUUUGAUCAUCCACUGAUAAAAAGUGAGCCAGAAUUUUUGGAAACCUUGAACAAGUUCAUCAAGUUAGGUUUAGAAUUGAAGACAAAUUCUGUGGUUACAAAUACCAUAACAGUUUGA